ACAGAAUUGGUUUGUUCUGUGUACAGACGAAGAUUUCCGCCUAGUACCUUCCACUGUCGCAUAUGUCAAGCUUGCGUCAUUAAGCGUGACCAUCACUGUGUGUGGUUGGAUUGUUGUAUCGGAGACAAGAAUCACCAGUUGUUUGUCUUCGGAGUUUUAUUUUCUGCAGGAGCAUUGGUGUAUGGGGCCAUUUUAACUAUAACUACAGUAUGCCAUCCGUCAUUCUAUAUCAUGGAGACAGUCCUAUUGCCUGAUGACUGUAGUGAUGUUUAUCAUGAUUUCAUGAAUGACUGGACAAGAAUGGCGUUGCGUGCAUGGGUGCACGUGGUGUGCUGCACUGAGAUCAGACAGGCCUCAUAGUCGUGGUCUGCUAUGAAAUUGGAAAAAUUUCUUGUCCUGUCGCAAGUCUUUGAGAGAGGGCCAGGAAAGGUCGAAAGAAGGUUCGAUGAACUCUGCGUAAUACGCAAUACAGUUCAUGCCAGUUGUAAAAUAACUGAAGAAGACUUCAGGCUCAGUUUAAUUGUAUACAAGAAGGGAUAAAGAUGGAUGAUCGACGUGGUUUAUGUUGUGUAGAGGUUAGGGCUGCUACCUUCACUGUAUCUACUCAAUUAAUUAAUUCCUUAACUGUUACUUAGUUUUGUAGUCACUGUGUUAAGAUAAACUACCUUUUCCUCGCUCAUAUAUUUUGACGUAAAUACGUCUAUAAGGAAGGGUCAUUCGGCAAAAAUGUGU